AUGGGCCGUGAAAUUGUUCGCGAAGAAUGUCUAAAUGAUCCAAGAAAACGCAGUAGACUAUGGAAGUUUUCUGAAGAUGAGUGUAGGAUUCUUCCUGCAUUGAAAAUAAAUUAUCAUUAUCUCCCUUCACACUUAAAACGAUGCUUUGUCUAUUUUUCUUUAUAUCCCAAAGAUUAUGAAUUCAAUAGAGGUGAAUUGAUAUUGUUGUGGAUGGCUGAAGAUCUUUUGCAACAACCAAAGAGUGGAAGCAUUUUAGAAGUUGGUUAUAAAUACUUCAAUGAUUUAGCUGCACGAUCAUUCUUUCAACCUUUAAAGAAUGCUUAUAAAAAUUCAUUUGUGAUGCCCUAUCUCAUGCAUGAUAUAGCGAGAUUCUAUGGUGAAAAGUUCUUUGUUAGAACCUUUGAAGUCGAGAAUGUAGGCAAACAUGAUGCUAAAACUCGUCAUUUGUCAUAUGAUCUCGGUGACAAUGACUCUGUCUCAAAGAUCUCAGAAGCAUGUGAUAGUUUACGUCAUGCAAGGACUCUGUUGAAAAUCAAGAAAUACCGUGAACACAAAGAGGGAAUUGAUACUUGUCACUUACUAGCACAGUUGAAGCACUUACGUGUUUUGUCAUUUGCAUCAUUUAAAAUUGAUAUAUUGCCUGAUUCAAUUGGUGAAUUGAUCCACUUGCGCUAUUUGAAUCUCUCUAACACACUUGUCAUGUCAUUGCCCGAGUCCUUGAAUUCUUUGUACAAUUUACAAACAUUGAAGUUGGCAAACUGUAAAGAACUUAAAACGUUUCCCUCCAACAUGCAAAAUCUUGUGAAAUUGCGUCAUCUUGAUAUUUCCCACACUUAUUUGAAUGGGAUUGGAGAAUUGGGAGAGCUAGCAAAUCUUCAUGGCUCAUUGUCGCUUGCGAAAUUAGAGAAUGUUGAGAAUGGUGGUGAAGCAUCAAGUGCAAGAAUGGAUGAGAAAAUACACCAGAAUGCUUUAAAUUUGGAGUGGUCAAGGUCAAUAUUUAAAGAUAGAGAGUUUUGGAAUUCCAGAAGUGAAAGAGAUGUACUUGACAAAUUACGUCCUCACAAAGACUUGAAGGUGCUAUUCAUCAAGGGUUACAGAGGUAGCAUGUUUCCGGAUUGGGUAGGGCACUCUUCGUACUACAACAUUACUAAGUUGGAGCUGAGGCGAUGCAGGAAUUGUAUGAUGCUUCCUUCAUUUGGACAGUUACCCGCUCUAACGAGAUCGGAGAUUUCACAUUGUGAUAUGGUGAAGAUGAUUGGUGGUGAAUUCUAUAAGGGUGAUGCAACUCAUCAUCCAAAGACACCCUUUCGAUCCCUUAAAUAUCUCUCAUUCUCUGAUAUGAGUUACUGGGGGGAAUGGGAGUCAUAUGAAUGUGAUGAUGCACCAUUUCCUCAACUUGAGGAACUUUGGAUACAUAACUGUCCUAUAUUAAGAGGAGAUUUGCCCACUUUCCUUCCGUCUUUGAAAUCACUCUACAUUGUUAGAUGCGAGGAGCUUGGUUAUUAUCUGCCAAGAGCUCCCAUCCUACGCGAAUUAACAAUAGAUGGCAAACAGAAAGCAAGAAUGCGGGACCUACCACUUUCCAUGUUAGAGAGACUAUUGGUUAAUGGAGAGCAGCAGGUGGAGUAUGUGAUUGAGGCCAUGACCCACACCCAACCAACCUCUCUCAUACACCUACAGAUCUCAUAG